UAAAAAUUGUAUAACCAUUUCAGAACUGAUGGAGAUUUUUUUUUAUUUCUCUUUUUAUUCAGUUUAAGGAAGCAUAAGGAGAAUGUAGUGGUUGAAUGGACCACCUGUCCAUAACUCAACAGUAGGACAUGCAGAUUAAACAAACAUAACUCUUCCAAUAACAAUACAAGAAUUAGCACAUGAUACAUCUCUGGAAUUUGAAGUGGAUUAUGCCAUCAUUAUUCAUUCAAAUUAGUGUUUGAUCAUCUUGCUUCAGCACAGCCACUAGGAAAAGAGGAAAAUGCAGAUCUUCAUGGAUCAUGAUGAAAAGUGAAAAGCUGCAAAAAAAUCCAGUUCAUCUAUAGUGCAAAACUUCUCUUUCAACUUCACUUCAUGUAAUAAUAAGACAGCAUAUCAUGCCACUCGCAUUUCUCAAUGGUAGGGUGAUAAAAAUCUUUGCAACUCCAAGUGGGCUGCUGCUGUCUUGUGGGAUAUUGAAACCCUUUAAAUAGACAUCUCAAGGUAUCAUAUUGCCCUGCAUACUGAACUGCAGUUCUUGAUCAAGGUUGGCUGUCGUGAAAAUGGGAGGAAAAACUUCUCUGCUUAUGCUCAGAAUGCUGAUGGUUUUACUCUUUUCUGGUUGGAUUUCACUUUGGGUUCUUAAGCCAACUGAAAUGUGGGCAAAGAAAUGGAAACAAGCUGAAGAAAAAGCUACCAAAACGGUGUUUAACUAUAACGGUCUAGAUUUUGCAGUCUACACGCUUCCAUUUCUUGCUUUUGCAAUGGUGGGAUUUGUGUACCUGGAAGUGAAAUCAAAGAGGGAAGUGAUUAGGAGACCAGAAAAGAAGUUGAUCCAUGAUCUGCAUAAUCCUCUUGUUGUUAGUAGAAAUGUUGGCAUUUUGACUGGAUUUGAGAUACUUAUCGUCUCCGUCUUCAUUGCUUUUCUGUCAUGGACCUUUUAUGCUCACAUUUCCAAUGAUUUCAAGAAGUUGGAGCCUAUCAAGUCAUUGAAGUUGAACGUUAAGUGGCAAUACAAGUUCUUCAAGGUGGCAACCCGUUACGGUCUGCUGUCAGAAGCCUGCCUAGCUCUCCUGCUACUUCCAAUUCUUAGAGGAAUGGCAAUUUUUAGAAUCCUUGGCAUCCAAUUUGAAGUUUCAGUCAGAUACCAUAUCUGGCUAGGGACAACAAUGAUGCUUUUUGCCACCUUACAUGGAGUUGGAACAUUUUUCAUAUGGGGGAUCAAACAUACUGUUCAGGAUAAAAUGUGGAGAUGGCAACCAACAGGCCGCAUAUACCUUGCUGGGGAAAUAGCUCUCCUUGCCGGAUUAGUAAUGUGGAUGACAUCCCUUCCACAGAUAAGGAGGAGACAUUUUGAGAUAUUCUACUACACACACCACCUUUACAUUAUUUUCUUCGUAUUCUUAUUGUUUCACCUAGGAGACCGCCAUUUCUAUAUGGUAUUACCCGGCGUGUUUCUCUUUGUUCUCGAUAAAGUUCUUCAAUUUGUGCAAUCUUGGCCUCAGACAUUCAUCCUUUCUGCUAGAGUCCUCCCAUGCAAAGCCGUUGAGUUAAUACUUCCGAAGGACCCAAAGCUACACUACUCCCCGGGAAGUGUGAUAUUCAUCAAGAUACCACAUAUUUCCAAGUUGCAAUGGCACUCCUUCAGCAUAACUUCUAGUUGCAGAGUUGACAAAAGCAGCUUGUCAAUUAUGAUCAAAAGUGAGGGCUGGUGGACAAGUGCUCUCUAUAAUCUCAUUCUAGCCACACGCGAUGGCGAAGCUGAUCAAAUGAAGUGCCUUCCGGUAGCUGUAGAAGGCCCUUAUGGACCUAAAUCUGCCAACUUUCAGAGAUACGACAGUCUUGUUCUUGUGGCUGGAGGAAUUGGCAUAACACCGUUCCUCAGUAUCUUGCAAGAGAUUGCAGCUACACCAAGCAAUGCCAAACAUAUUUUACCAGAGCAGAUACUAUUGAUAUAUGCAGUGAAAAAGUCGCAAGACAUCUCCCUAUUGAAUCCAAUUCUGUCUCUAAUUCCAACUGGUCAAAGAAGUUGUCUGAAGUUAAAUAUCUUUGUCACCCGGGAAGUCCAAUCUGAUAGAAGAACACUAAAGGAACUACUGGAUGAGGGUUUUCAAGUGCAAACCAUUAACUUUGACACAAGAUGUUCUAGAAAUGCAGCACAAGAAGUUGAAAGUUUACCAUGGAUGACUGCCGUGAUUGGGCUUUCAUCUGUUAUUUUUCUUGUAUUUCUAACUUGUUUCAACCUCUACAUUCAGCCCCUUGUCAAAAACCAUGGAGCAAAGGUUCCCUCUUCUGUGACAGAUCUCCUUCUCUUGUGCUCUUUCACCAUCGCAAUUAUAUGCAGCUCUCUACUGGCCAUCUUCUUGAGAUUGAAAAGGAUGAGGAAAGAGACACCGCCGUUCUCAGGAGUACUAGAAAAGACAGCAAAACCAAGUUCAACACAAAGAGAUCAUACCUUAGUGGAACAUGAAAUUCAUUUUGGAGGGAGGCCAGACUUCAAAGAACUCUUUCGCAAAUUCACGAAGGAAAUAAGAGGAUCCAAUGUAGGUGUAUUCGUCUGUGGUCCUGAAUCAAUGAAAGAGUCAGUGGCAUUGACAUGCAAACCAAAUUCUCCUGCUUUCAGAGUGGAUGGGGAGAAGAGCAAGCUUUCUGUCAACUUUCACUCCUUAAACUUCACACUGUAGCCUCUAAAUCUCUCAUAAAUGCUUUCAAGCUUCAUGCUACUGGAGAAGCGAUGCUAAAUACAAAAUGUUUAACAAGAUGCAGUGUUUUUAAGAGCUAAAUUAUAACCAAAAUGUGAUAUUUUUAACAAGAUGCAGUGUUUUUAAGAGCUAAAUUAUAACCAAAAUGUGAUAUUUGCAAGAAGCUUACUGUAAUAAUUGCAAGAAUGUUGCACCAGAAUCACAAAUGAAUCAGUUGAAACCAGAAAAGAAAAGGAUGCUCGCAUUCUAAAUCAAUAAUUAUCAUCGCUGGUAGCAUGUUACCAUCAUCCAGCCUGUGCAACAUUUAGUGAUCAUUGCAUCAUUUGAUAUCUAUUGAAUUAAUUAUCAGUCAAUGCCAAAGACACGUUAAUGUUCUAAUUAUCAGUCAU